UUUUCUUGUUCUGAAUCUUCUCUAUCUCAUCAGGUGUUUUUAUGGGGCAAGAGGACUCACAGAAACGACUAAAAAUAAUGCAGAAUCUGAUGAAAGAUUAUUCCGCCAAUGGAAGCCUGUCAUUAGAAUAUGAAGAAGGAAAGGGAACUUACACUUUAGUUCAAAAAGAUCUCUCACAUCGUGCCGAUACACUCGAAAUUCCUGCUAGCAUGAUAAUGUCAGUGUACGACGAGUUCCCAUUCAAGAAGACGCUUAUGGAUGUCAUGGAGAAAAUACCAGAGACGGCUAAUUUCCUUCCUCGACCAAGGAAUCCUAAUGAUAUCUAUAGUUCAGCCGUGCUACUUACUAUGCAAGUCUUGGUUAACUUGAACGUCAAGAGGAAAACACUUGAUAGCAAAUUCCCUCAAUAUAAAGAUGUUUCUUUAUACAUUGAGGACUGAGAGGUUUGCCAUGACUUCAUAUUCAAUUUGCCAACACACAAAGAUAUUGAUCACCCUAACCAAUGGGAGAAAGAAGAAGUUGAACUUUACCAGAAAAUAUCCAUUGUUGGCUUUGGUUUUAGAAAUAUUGGUCAAACUUAUGACCGAAUUAUUCAAGCUCUCAAAGAGGAAAACUCUCCUGAAGCUAAGUUUAUAGUGAAGAAGGUAAUUCCUGACAAAAAGCAGUUCAUCUGGGCAUAUAAUAUGGUCAAUACUAGAUCUUUUGUGAUAAAAAUAGGCAAAUAUGCUGCUAUAAAUGGCCUCUAUCAAGCAAGAGUGCCUAAUAUGCAGCUUAAUAGGAAGUUUGUUGCUAGCCAAAACAAUGCUCUUAUUCCAGUGUUUGAUGUAAUCAAUAUGAUUGUACCUCAAAGGCACAAUUUCGUCAAUAUCUCAAAUGACGAUAUCAAGAAAUACCAUCUGAGAAAGUUUUAUCUAGUUCCAAAGAAUAACUCUUUGUCUCUCCAAGUUGAUGGAUCUUUCAAACAAGGAGAAGAAUACGGGUUUGCUUACACCACAAAAUUUGCUUGUAAAUCAAUUCUAUCCAUUUACGGAUUCGCUGUGAAGAAUGGACUUGGGGAGCAAAUCUCAUUCUCGCUUGAAAAUGAAAUCCCUCAACAAAACUACGAGUUAUGUGCUGUAGUUCGUUGUGUAGCAAAUCCAAAUAAUUUGUCAAAAACUGCCAGAUUGAACUUUAAAAUAUCCUUCCUCGACGAUGCGGAGGAUGAAGAAGCUUUAUUAAAUUUCUACAGAAUAACUGUCUAUGAUUUCCCUCCUGAGGACUUGGGAAAGGAUAUUAAGUCAUUAGGAAAACAUAUGAUUAAUAAUCUUAAUACAUACGGAUACAUUUCAAUCGAGAAUGAAAUCAAAGCAGUUACUAAGACUGUUGGCAUUCUUGAGGAGUUUUAUGAAGGAUAUCCCCUUGAUAUUCCUGAUGAUUUAGAGAGUUUACCAAACCGAAAAAAAAUGUCGUAUUACUGUGCUAUUGAUCAAAGAAAUGUGGUACUUUGGCAUAUAACCAAUCUUCACAACCGGUUAGUUUGGCUAAUCACUCAAGAAGCAGAAGAAAGAAAUUUAGUUGAAAUAUAAUCACAAUUUCUAUCUUUAAUUUUUC